AUGUCAGCUCCGUAUUCGACACUAGAAGCCUUCAGACCCCAUUUCAACGCGCUCUCCUACGUGGCCUAUUUCAAGAUAGUCCCUAAACCCGCCUCUGCACUCAAACAUUCGUUGCACACUGCAUAUCGCGCGGUUGUAUGGUUUUUGGUCUUCAUUUAUAACUUGCAGCAUGUCAUACGUGUCAUUCAGGCACGACACAGCACGGAUCAAGCCGUUAAUACCCUGUUCGUCCUCCUAACCACACUGAAUACUCUGGGCAAGCAAGUGGCUUUCAACGCGCGCGUCGAGCGUAUGGACCGUCUCAUCAGCGUUAUAGAAGGACCUCUGUUCGCGGCUCGCAAUGCUUACGACGAGAAAGUCUUACGCGGCAACGCACGGAUCAUGUCUCGAAUGCUGAUGAUGUACCACUGCUCCAUCUAUCUUUGCGGUGCCAUGUGGGGCAUCUCUCCAAUAGUUAGCAAGCUGUCGGGGGACGUGGAACUCACUGGGUACUUCCCUUUCGACACCAGCGGAUGGCUAGGAUUCGGAAUAGCAGUAGCAUUCAACACCAUAGUGAUAACAUUGCAAGGCUAUGCCCAUGUGACCAUGGACUGCACGAUCGUCUCCUUCUACGCCCAGACCAAGAUCCAGCUCCAGAUGUUAGGGAACAGCCUCCAGCACCUGGUAGAACCCGUGGAGACGGGGCGGGAGAUGUGUGUGAAGUCCAAGGUGUACAAGGAUGAAGACCCGGCAUUUGGGGUCGUGCUGAAGAAAAGAUUAACGCGAUGUGUGGAGCACUACAAGUUGAUUGUGUGGUUCCACAACGAGGUGGGAGCAGUGUUCGCCGAGGCUAUGAUGGUCCAGUUCUUUGUUGCCGCGUGGGUAAUUUGCAUGACCGUUUACAAGAUCGCUGGCUUAAGUUUGCUGUCGGCGGAAUUUUUUUCUAUGUUUGUGUAUCUCGGCUGCAUGUUGGGACAGCUGUUCAUUUAUUGCUACUAUGGGACUCAAGUUAAGGCUGAGAGCAAGUUCAUCAACUACUCUAUCUACCGGUGCGACUGGGUGGCGCUUUCGCCCCGGUUCCGUGUGUUGCUGUUAAUCUUGAUGCAGAGGGGCGUGCGACCAGUGACGCCUCGAAUAGCCCACAUCAUCCCUAUGUCUCUCGAGACCUACAUAUCGGUGCUGCGCUCAUCUUACACGCUGUUCACUUUUUUAGAACGAAAGUAAACAAACUAUCUUCAAUCAAUCCGUCAAUCGCAACAUUUGCAACAGCUGUUGUUAGCAAGCAGUUAGUUUUCUCCGUA